AUGUCUUCAAACUAUAAAGAUAUAAACGAUCUUCCUGAAAAACCCAAAUAAAUGACAUUAUAUACUUUUUAUAGAGAUUAAGAACUUCCUAAAUUAAAAUAAUAUCAUCCUAAUGCAAAAAACACUGAAAUAUUAAGAAUGAUUUCUGAAAAUUUGAGAUAACUUUCAGAUAAAGAAAGAGAAAAAUUACAAGAUACCUUUUAAUAAUUAAAAAUGAAAAAUGGAAAGGCUUUCCAAGAAUGGCACGAAAAAUAUGGUGAAAUCGAAAAAAAGCUAUUGGAAAAAAGAAAGGAGAAAAUUUAAACAAGAUAAGAAAAUAAAUAAUAAUCUCAGCCAAGAUAAAAAUCGUAAUCAAAUAAAAGAUAAUAAUCAAAAGAUAAUAAAUCAGUAAAAACCUAAGAUAAAUAAAAAGGAAAGUCAAUGGAUAAAAAAUAGGAAAAAAAUGAAAAUGAAUAGAAAUAAAAAGUGGUAUAAAAAGGGAAAAAAAUGAACUCUGAUGCUACUGAAGCUAAUAGAUAAAAAAAAAAUAGUAGAAGAUAAUCGGCUGAAAAGCAAAAAAGAAAGUCGGCUGAUAAAUAAAAGAGAUAAUCAUCUGAAAAAAAAAAAUGA